AUGCUGGCGACCCUCGUCUUCCCCGCGGCGUACUCGCCCUCGCCGUUCGCGAGCCUCGCCGCUGCGCGGCCUCGCACCGCCGCGGCGCCAGCGAUGUCCGAGCUCACCCUCGCUGCCACUGUCGUGCGUGACGUGUCUGCCCUGCCGACGAUGUACGCCCUGAUGUCGCUCAACGAGUACAUGACGCACCGGUAUUUCCAGCAUUUGGAGUUCAACAGGCCCGAGUCGCUGCCGUGGGUCAAGUCGCUCGUCGAGCGCGUGGCGGGCGUGCCAGCCGCUGAGCAGAGGGUGCCGGGCGACGGACACGUCGAGCACCACGCCGAGACGUACGACGACAUGUCGCUGAAGAACGACGAGCGCUGGCGCGCGAACAAGGCGUCGCAGUCGCUCGACGGCGACUACUACCGCGGCACCGCCUUCCACUGGUCUGCGACGUUCAUCAUGACGGUGCAGAUGCUGCCGUCUGUGCUGCCGACGUACGCGCUGAUGGGCUGGAGCCUGCCCGACACGUUCGCCAUCCUGCUGCCUUCGAUGCUGCUGCACGCGGUGGUGUACGCGCACUGGAUCUUCGAGAACCACAUGGGGCAUCACGUGCUCGGGGGCCAGUGCAACUACAACGCGACGCGGUUGCUGCAGAGGCAGAUGCGCGAGUCGGCCGGCGGCGGCGGCGGCACGGCGCCGGCGGCAAUCGCAAACGGGGGCACGAUCAUUGCGGACGCCUACAGCGAGUGA